GCGCGGCUGUCCUGGAUGGAACCUCCUUCCCAGGGCAGGAAGCCCAGGAGCCCUGAGUGGACACUCGGCCGAGGUGGGCAGCGCGGCAGGGUCCCCGAGAGACGGACCGGUCUCAGGGCCCCUCGACCGGCUUUCCUGGGUCACCGCCGCAGGCGGCCCACCGAGCUCCAGGAGGAGGACGACCCUGAGGACUCCGAUGAAGAACGGACUCCGAGGCAGCACGUGAAACCUUCCUGGGUGGCCUGCAGAAGGAAACACAGUAAACACCAGAAGGCAACAUCCAGGGUGCCAUUAAGCAAUGAAUAUAGUUUGAAGGAAUUGUCAGGAACAGCAAAUUUGAUGACUGCAAGUGACUCAGAGCAUGCCCAGAAACCAGUGUCCCCUCCUGGAGAAGCAUGUGCCUUUGGAAAGCACACUAGACAAAAAUUGGAACUCAAAAGAAAGGAGAUGGACGUGAAGAUGUACAGCCCACAAGAAAGAAAGGACUGUGUGUACCAAGAGGUCAGCAUGCCCCAGGAUGAUGACUACCUUUAUUGUGAGAAGUGUCAGAACUUCUUCAUCGACAGCUGUGCUGUGCAUGGGCCCCCUACAUUUGUAAAGGACACUGCAGUGGACAAGGGGCAUCCCCACUGCUCAGCCCUCACCCUGCCCCCUGGGUUGAGAAUUGGGCCAUCCGGCAUCCCUGAGGCUGGCCUUGGAGUGUGGAAUGAGGCAGCAGACUUGCCAGUGGGUCUGCACUUUGGCCCUUAUGAAGGACACAUCACAGAAGAUGAAGAGGCAGCCAAGAGCAGAUACUCCUGGCUGAUCGCCAAAGGGAGAAACUGCUAUGAGUAUGUGGAUGGAAAGGACAGAUCCUGGGCCAACUGGAUGAGGUAUGUGAACUGUGCCCGGGAUGAUGAAGAGCAGAACCUGGUGGCCUUUCAAUACCACAGGCAGAUUUUCUACCGAACCUGCCGGGUUGUCAGGCCAGGCUGUGAGCUGCUGGUCUGGUUCGGGGAUGAGUAUGGCCAGGAGCUGGGCAGCAAGUGGGGCAGCAAGUGGAAAAGAGAGCUUGCGGCCAAGAGAGCAGAACCAAAGCCAGAGGUGCACCCAUGUCCCUCCUGCUCUCUGGCCUUCUCCACUCAGAAAUUCCUCAGCCAGCAUGUGAAACUCAAUCAUCCCUCUCAGAUUCUCCCUGGAACAUCUGCAAGAAAACACCUCCAAGCAGAGGACCCCUGUCCAGAGGAUCAGAAUCAGCAGCAACAACAUGGUACACACAGCUGGAAUGAUAAAAUUGAAGGUCAAGAUGUCAAAGAAAGUUCCAAACCUUUGCUUAAAAGGAUCAGUCGGAGGAGAAUCUCGAGACCCUUUUUCCAACCUUCCAAAGAACAAAUGAGCUCUAGUCAGCAUGAGAGAAUGAUGGAGGAAGAGCCCCUCAGAGUCCAGAAAGAGAGUCCAGAGGACACAGGCAAGUUAUUUGUGAAAGUAGGAAUGUCAAAAAUUAUAACAAUCCAGCAUGGAGGGUGUUGGCAAGACUUCAAUGAUGGGUCACAUCUCAUCACACACCAGGGGACAUACUCUGGGGAGAAGCCCUAUGUUUGCAGGGAGUGUGGGCGAGGCUUUACCUGGAAGUCAGUUCUCAUCACACACCAGAGGACACACUCUGGGGAGAGUCGUGACGGGGCUGCACCCUCGGAGCCAGGUCCUUCCACGCCCAUCCUCGCCGCGGCGGAGCCGCAGCAGCCAGGACGCGGGAACCGGCUCGCGCCUGCAGGCCGGCGAGCGGACCGGGAGGCCGCGAGUCGGGGGGAAACCCGGCCAUUUGCGGCAGCCCCCGCCCCGCCCCCAGCCAGGGGGGGUGUGCGGAUCCCCGGUCCCCGAGUGUGGUUCCCGGCCGGCGUGGGGGGCUGCACCUCCCUGUUUCCGAGGGUUUCUUCCCCUGGGCGUGGGGAUGGCUGCCCGGAAGCCGGGUCACCCGCUGGCCUGGACGGCGUGGCAGGGCCCAGGGCUCCAGGAAGCAGCAGUGGUUGGCCUGGCGCGGAAAAGGGUCCCCUGCACGGAGGUGCGGACCCCCGCCCCCGUGAGACGUGGGGGCCGCACCGUAGGGAGCGGUGCGGCCCCGGAGCGUUGGCCCCAGGAAAGCCUUGGGGGGACCGCAGCCCCCGGUGGGGGUUUUCGAGGCGCGCGCCGGGUGCUAGUGGGGAACAGGUCUUUGCUGUCGUCGCGGAACCGUGGUGCGUCCCCGUCUCCCGUGAGCAGCCCCCGCCUGAAGCGCGGGCGGGCGGGCGUCUCGGCUGCGGGUCCGGACUCAGAGCCUCUGUGCCCCACGAACCGGCCCGACAGAACCGCAGCCAGAACUGCCGGCACGCCUCGGGCGGGGCCGUUGCCCAAGCCCAGGACUCCCCGCGGCCCUUGCAGAGAUUCAGAGAGAAGCCGGCCCUGAAGAGGGUCCCCCGGCCCAGGAAGCCGGUCGGGUCCCCGGUGCCGCCCCGUGAGACCCUCCGGCGACCUGCGCCACCGGCUGAAGGCACCAGAACGCGGUCCCCAGCGCGCCGGCCGCAUCCCACGGUGGCGGGCCGCCGCCCAGUGCUCCGCGGUGCUGGCGGGUUCCAGGGACGCGGUCACCCCUCCGCGCCGGGUUACCUGCUCCUCCAACGGGGGGGGGGGGGGGGGCAGGCGGGCUCUUCGCCCCGCGGCCUGGAGCCCAGACGCCGCGUCUCAGGCUCCCGGCCCAGCUGCGGGCUCCGGGCGGGGCUUCCAGGGCAGCUGUCGCCCCGGGGGACUCCAGAGGCUUCGGCCAGCCGAGGCGCGGCCGCCCCCGGGGAAUUACGUCCGUCCCUUCUCCCGGAGGACUGGACCCCUGCCCUGGGGACGCAGCAGAUAACGCCGGGUUCGGCGGUGAAGCAGUAUUACUCCAGGCUCGCGGGCAGCCAACGAAACAGCCGAGGCUGGAAAGGGUCUCCGACUGGAGAACGAGACUGA